AUGUACCGCUGGGGGAGCAACCCGGGCUCGCCUCCACCCCAGCAUCCAGCGCCCAUCCAGCGCCCAUCCAGCACCCAGCCAGCGUCCAAUCCAGCACCCAGCAUCACCGCCAGCGCCAAUUGGCGCCACUGUUCCGCCCGACCUGUCAUCAUUUGGUCUCCAGCCCAUGCUACAGCCACGCCCUGGCCGGAUCCACAGGCCCUCGCAGCGGCAGAUUGGAUUGGAUCCCGUGCGCUGGUGCUUGUACCUGGAAAGCGACGGGGUAGCACUGACUUUCACACGCCUCACGCCUGUGCGCACGCCAAAGCCUCAGCUCCUCCCAAGCAGAAGAAUCCAAACCUCCUCGUCCACGAGGCUGCUUCCGCGCGCCGAAUCUUGCACCGUCUUCUGUCGCCCCGGCCCGGAUUUCUGACGCCUUUCAUCAUUGCCAGCCCUGCCGAACCGCUGCGUCGACAGCCUCACCACCGCCCUCGCCUUGUCCCAUCUUCACCCUCACCUCCCCGCAACCUGCUGCAGCUGGUUCUGCUGACCUUUCCAUCACCUCUGCCGCCAUCCGCCGCCGCCAUUUUCUGCCGAACGCUCCGCUAA